UCUCUCCGAGACAACCUCAUCAAUAUUUUUCAUUCCCUUCAUCAUUACAUGCAUGAUGGUUUCCUCUUCCUUUCAUCAUCUUGUGUUCUUCAUUCUCUAUCCAUUCUGUAGUCUUUGCUUCCCCUCUUGCGGGGUCCUUCAAUCUCAUUUGAUUUGAGGGAACCUCCGUUCACUUUUUUUUUUUAAAUUUAUUUAUUUAUUAUUUUUUCAUUUUUUUAACCGAAGAGUAAUUAAGGAGAGAUUUUGUUUUAAUUUUGUAACAAUUUUUUUUUUGUUCUUGGACGAAAAAACAUUUUUGAACUUUUUCUAGAUCCUUAGAAGAAUGAAUUGCUUUCCUUGUUUUAGCUCUCAAAAGAGUAAGAAAAGCAAUAGCAAGAGGGAGCAUGGUGUUGCAACACCACAGGAAAAUGUUGUUACCAGAACACCAGAUGUUAAGAAACCAAGACCAGAUGAUCCAAACCAAGUUGACACAUCAAAUAUUCAAGCACAAAAUUUCACAUUCAGAGAGUUGGCAAUUGCAACAAAGAAUUUCCGGCAAGAGUGUUUGAUGGGUGAAGGUGGUUUUGGUAGAGUGUACAAAGGAACUAUUCCCGCAACUGGACAGGUGGUAGCAGUGAAACAACUUGACAGAAAUGGGGUUCAAGGCAGUAAGGAAUUUUUGGUUGAGGUUUUAAUGUUGAGUCUCUUAAACCAUGAAAAUCUUGUCAAACUCAUUGGUUAUUGUGCUGAUGGUGAUCAACGUCUUUUGGUAUAUGAAUUCAUGCCAGGGAACUCUCUAGAAACUCGUCUUCUUGAGCGAAAACCUGAUCAACCUUCACUAGAUUGGUAUAGCAGAAUGAAAAUAGCAUCUAAUACUGCAAAAGGAUUGUGGUACUUGCAUGACAAGGCCAAUCCUUCAGUUAUAUAUAGGGAUUUGAAAUCGUCGAACAUAUUGCUAGAUAAUGAUCUAAAUGCAAAACUAUCUGAUUAUGGACUCGCUAAACUAGCUGGUAAAGAUAAGAUGAACAUUGUGCCUACAAGAGUCAUGGGUACUUAUGGUUAUAGUGCUCCUGAGUAUGUACGAACAGGUAACCUCACAUUGAAAUCAGAUGUGUAUAGUUUUGGAGUUGUCUUGCUAGAGCUCAUAACCGGAAGACGAGCUGUUGAUACCACAAGAGCACACGACGAGCAAAAUCUAGUUUCAUGGGCACAACCAAUAUUUAGAGAUCCAAAAAGAUAUGCAGAACUUUCAGAUCCAAAUCUGAGUACACAUUAUCCAGAAAAAGAUCUGAAUCAAGUUGUUGCAAUUGCAGCAAUGUGCUUACAGGAGGAAGCAGCAGCUCGUCCUUUGAUGAGUGAUGUUGUAACUGCUUUGAGCUUUCUUUCAACUUCUCCUCCUCCAGAGGGUAUUUCUGCAGCCCCUCUUCCACCUCCUACUAACUGCACCGCCCAAAAGAGUUUUGCCACCGCCAAUGAAAGUGAGAGCGAAAGUGAGAGCGAAAGUUCUGUUCCCAAGGAUGAUAAGGCUAUUGCAGCAGUUAGUGCAAAAUACCAUGAAUGUGAUGAUGCCUCAGAAAAUGAAUAUGAUUAUUAUGAAAAUGAAAACCAACAUGAUUAUAGUCCACAAGAUACUAAAGAAACAAAGGAGUCUCACUCCAAAUCAAAGAAAGGAAACAAAAGCAUUAGGAAAAAACAUGGUGUAGAUGGAAGUAGCAAAAAAUCUUCUGCAAGCAAAUCAUCUUCUCUUCGCUCUGAUAGCAGCAGCGAGGAGGAGUCACACGACGGAGAUGGUCAUUUAGAUGUUCAUCAUUUUAAUCACACAAGCAUGGGGCCAUCUGAGGAAGGAAGUUAUCACCGUUUUGAACAUUCCAGCAGCAGAGGAUCAGAUGAUAAAAGUCUUCAUUCACAAUAGCUUUCAACUAAUUGCAUGUGGUGAUCAACAUUCAUUGAAUAGGCAUUCAUAUAUGCAUGCACUUCGACACGCUGCUUUGUAUAUUUCGGUCGAAGUGUUAUUGUUUAUACUACAUCAUUUUGGUUUGAGCGAGACAAGUAUUUCCUCCGGAAUAAAAUAUAAACAAAAAAUGUAUCUGAAAAACUCAAAUUUUCAGAUAUCUUUUUGUUUAUAUUUCGUUCAAGAGUAAUAUAACAUAAUCAUACAUAUAAUCAAAGAAUAAACUUGAAACUCGAGCGUCCACGUAUAUAUAUACACUUUGUUUUUUUUAGUAGGCUUCAACUACAUUCAUGUAUUUAACUUUAGUUCAAGGAAAAGUGUGAUGAUAACCGUGAAUUUUCAUAGCGGGAUUGUUGAAAUUAUUGGAAUUAGUGA